GCAGUAAGACUUUAGGAGCUGGUUCCUCUCGGCUCUCUGCAGCUGAUCCAGGACUGAGCUCUGAUCCCUGAGCUGCAUGGUCCCUUUAACUCUCCACGUGGGAGGAGUCUGAGCUGCGGAAGUGUCCCUCUUUCUCUUACCUAAAGGAGGCGUUUCUCCACCUGUCAAAUGUGAAUCUCUAAGUGAAAGUCUUCUUCAAACCGUUCUAAGUUUGACCACUAAGCUGUUGCUGCACCGUGGACUUCACAUGUUAAGAAUCAUGUCGGACUCCAUCAAGAACGUGGCGAUAUUUGGGGCCACGGGGAUGACCGGGCUCGCGACCCUUCCCCAAGCGGUGGCUUCAGGAUACAAUGUGACGGUGCUGGUGCGAGACCCUGCCAAGCUGCCCGCCGACCACAAGGCGUCCAGAGUGGUGGUGGGAGACGUAGUCAGCAAAGAGGAUGUGAAGAGUACUAUGGAAGGCCAGGAUGCUGUUAUCAUCAUCCUGGGCACCAGGAACGACCUGAGCCCGACCACCAUGAUGUCUGAAGGGACCAAGAACAUCAUUGAAGCAAUGAAAGCUCGUGGGAUCCGUAAAGUCAUCGGCUGCAUGUCAGCCUUCCUGCUGUGGGAUCGCUCCAAAGUCCCGCCUCGUCUGGUUCCUGUGACGGAGGACCACGACAGGAUGUACACAGCGCUGAAAACAUCGGGGCUGGACUACGUGGCUGUAAUGCCGCCUCACAUCGGUGGUGAUCUUCCUCUGACAGAGACUUACUUGACUGCAGAGAACAUGCUAAAAGGAAGAGCCAUCUCUAAACAUGACCUGGGACAUUUCUUUGUCAAGUGUCUGUCCACCACAGAGUGGGACGGCAAGACUGUGGGAGUGUGGGGAGAGUAUCAAUGAUCCUGGAGAAGACACUGCUGACACCCUCUGGACAGAGGAGAGGUUGUCUCUUCCCGUCUGUCAUUGCAUAUUUUUAUUUUUCCACCAAACACACCGAGGAGAAAAUAUUUGGUUAUGCUGUGGCUCGGAGGUAAAUGAAGAAUUACCCUUUGUGUGGAUUUUAAACAGUAGUUUAUUGUUGUGAUCAACCUCUAAUGUUUUCUUGUGUCACCCUGUGUAUGUUUUAUUGCUGACUGGCUUUUGCUUUGCAUUAUAUAGAAUUUUUUACUUGUUGCAUUUGUAUCAACAACUACAGAAGAAUUAAUAUCCGACUAGUGCCAAACAGAUAUGAUUUUUUUUAUUUGAAGCUGUUGACAUGGAGUUACACAUGAACAAACUUUACAUAUGGUAUGUUUUUAAUCUAAAGUUAUGCUGCGUUUUGCUGCUCUGUUUAAAAGAAGGCCUGAAUUUUAAAAAUAAAAUACUU